AUGCUUCCUGAACCUAUAAAUAUCAAGAAAUGGAUUGAGGAGAAUAGUUCUUUGUUGAAACCGCCUGUGAAUAACUAUUGUAUCCAUAGGGGUGGUUCUACAGUCAUGCUUGUUGGUGGACCAAACGAAAGAACUGAUUACCAUAUAAACCAAACCCCAGAAUAUUUCCACCAAUUGAAGGGUGAGAUGUGUUUAAAGGUUGUUGAUGAUGGCGAAUUUAGAGAUAUUAUUAUCGGAGAGGGAGAUUCGUUCCUCUUACCACCUAAUACUCCGCAUAAUCCUGUUAGAUUUGCCAAUACCAUCGGUUUAGUAGUGGAACAAGACAGACCUUCUCAUUGUGACGAUAAAUUAAGGUGGUAUUGUCUGAACUGUAAAGAGAUUAAUCACGAGGCACAAUUUCACUGUACAGAUUUGGGGACUCAGGUUAAAGACGCCAUUCUUCUGUACGAAAAUGAUAUGGAAGCGAGGACUUGUGCAAAGUGUGGAACACUUAACUACUCGAAGCCUCAAUGA